UAUUAGCGAAGAAAAUUGUUGAACUCCGCCGCACCUCAAACCUCCCCAUCAAUGGCUUCCCUCUCCCGAUUCUCACUUCUCCUUCUAAUUCUCACCAUUACCGCCCAAACCCAUCUCGCCUCUUCCGUAAGGGACAUCGCCCUCAACUCAACAGACAUCCACGAGCUUUUGCCCCUUUACGGUUUUCCAAAGGGUCUCUUACCCAACAAUGUCAAGUCCUACACGCUCUCUGCCGAUGGUAGCUUCGAAAUCGAACUCGAAAGCGAGUGUUAUGUGAAGUUCGAUCUGUUGGUGUAUUACGAUAAGAUAGUGAAAGGGAAAUUGAGGUAUGGGUCUGUGGCGGAUGUUUCUGGAAUUGAAGCAAAGAAGCUGUUCUUGUGGGUCUCUGUUACAGGAAUCGAGGCUAAUCAGGGCUCUGGAACCAUUGAUUUUUAUGUUGGGGUUUUGUCGGAGACUUUGCCGGCUCAACAGUUCCAGAAGAUUCCUGCAUGUACGCGGAAGGCUUGCCUUGGAGAAAGAACAGAGGCUAUGUGAGGUAGUCUUGCUUCUUUCUUGGAUUUGUCUGCUUUGAUGAACACUUGUCCAUGUUUGAUCUGUUCUGUGAUGAAAUGAUGUUUGAUCUUUAUGUGCUUACUUCUUUCAUCACAAAUUGGGUUUUUGGGAAGUGCAAUUGUUGUCUGAUUUUGUUGAGGAGAUUUAAGUUCUUGUAGCAUCAUUCUGUAUCCAAAAUACUUGACAAUUGGUUGUAGAAAAAGAAGUAUAGUUAGCUUUGGUUGUUGU